AUGAGGUACCAUAAUAUUAUAGACUCAAUAAAGACAAUUUCCAAAAAUUCCAAAAAUUAUUAUAGUUGUAGUGAACAAUAUUAUGUUAAACAAAUAAAAAACGCAACUGUCGUGUGUACAAAUCACUUAACUCCAGAAAUAAAAUUGCAUUUAAUUACUGAACAAUGCAAACUGUGGCAUUCGCCUGUUAAUGAGUGUCAGUUUAUCGAUCCAUUCUGGGCAUUUUAUUGGCCUGGUGGCCAAGCUAUUUCAAGGUUUAUUCUAGAUAACAGCAAGUAUGUAAAUAACAAAACUGUUUUGGAUAUUGGUAGUGGUAGUGCAGCAUGCAGCCUUGCAUCAGCUUUAGCGGGUGCCAAACAAGUUACAGCUAAUGACAUAGAUCCUGUUGCAUGUGUAGCAGCUAAACUAAAUGCUCAGUUAAACAAUAUCAGCAUUGAUGUAUUGUCUAAAAAUAUUUUGUUCAAUGAUUGUUCACAAUGGGAAGUUAUCAUUGUUGGAGAUAUGUUUUAUUCACAAGAUAUAGCUGAUGUACUGUGGAAAUGGAUGGAAACACUGUGUACUCGAGGAAAGACUAUACUGAUUGGUGAUCCGGGUAGACAUUGUUUUAAACCUAAAUGUCAUUUACAGGAGCGAUUAAAAAAACUUAAAGAAUACAAAUUAACAGAAAAUUGUUGUUUGGAAAAUCGAGGAUUUUCAACUGCAUCUGUUUGGAUUUUAGAAUAAAAUUAUUAGGCAUAUUAAAAAAAUAAAUACUAAAUUAUUUUACAUAGAUAAUUAUUGAUCAA